UUUAAGAGAAGGACAGGGUUCUGUUGAGAUAUCCUCUGCCUACAAGCUGCAGUGACCACACCAGCACAACAGUCCAACAGCCAGCUACUUCUGUGUCCCAGUUUGAGUGACGUCAUGAAGGUACUUGCGGUCAUCUUGCUGUGCCUGGCGGCAUCAGCCGUGUCAGAGAAGAGAAUAAUCAACGGAAACCCAGCAGCUCUGUACUCUCACCCGUACAUCGCCUCUCUGCAAUAUUAUGUCCGACAAUGGCCUUCUUCAGGCUGGAAACAUAUCUGCGGAGGAUCACUCAUCCACAGGAGGUGGGUGCUCACCGCUGCUCAUUGCGUGGAUGGUCUUGUCACUAGCGAUAUGCGGAUAGAGCUCGGCGCUCUGAAUCUGUACGAGAAUCCAAACCAAUACGAAGAAACCAUCAAAGUUGCAAACUACACCAAACAUCCGCAUUACAGAGCCACGGGGUCUGGGAUCCCCAACGACAUCGCCCUAAUCUACCUGACGAAAGACGCGACUCUCAAUAAAAACAUACAGCUCGCUCGUCUGGCUCCCAGCGGCUCCUCCUUCGCCUACACACAAUGCGUGCUGGCCGGCUGGGGUGCGAUCAGAACAGGUUCCAACCCCCAAGACGCCGAGACCCUGAAAGAGGUGAAGAUCACCAAAAUCACCAAUGAUCGCUGCGACAGCCUCUGGGCAGGCCAGGCUAUCACGGACUCUCACAUCUGUGUCCACGAGGCAGACAGGCAUACCGGCCAGGCUCCUAGCGCCUGUAUGGGGGACAGCGGAGGACCCAUGAUGUGUGGAAAUGGACAUGACAUCUUGGCCGGGGUCACGUCCUGGGGAGAGAAAACCUGCAGCGGAACUCUGCCCAGCGUCUACACCAGAGUCUCCGCGUAUCUGAGCUGGAUCAGGCACUACGUGGGCCACGUCACCACCGCUUAGUGAUCCGCUCAAACUCUGAAGGCCGGCCAUACCCUUCCAAUAUUAUACAGAAAUAAAGAAUCAGCUUCAGGUCAUGU